GCCAGAGAGAGUCCACAGCACAACAGAAGUGGACCAACAUGAGGAACAGUGGACACCUACCAACUGAGACAUCAAACUGAAGCCGGGUCUAAGAAGUCAAGAUAAGAAAAAUCAACAGAGAUGCUCAAGAACAACAGUAGCGAUAAAGGAGUGAACGCUACUGCAGUGAAAUCAAAUCAAACAUUUUUACAACAAGAGGCAAAAGAAUAUCUUCAGGAAAGCCCAAAGACGUCCUACUACAGAACAACAGAAGGGCCUUCAAGCAGAAGACAACACAGGCAAUGCGCCUUCUGAACAAAGACCUGUGCUUGCAAGAUGUCACCCUCAUGUACCUCACCGUUUUGGCCACUGUGGUGGUGCUCUUGGUGGCUUCCUACCAGGCUCCUGCGGUCCACUCCAGACCCGCCCUUGCCUACCACAUCCCCUUAGACCCCUCGGGUCAGCUGGAGCUGUCCUGGAACAUCAGCUAUCCCACCCAGGAGGUCUAUCUGGAGCUGAAAGUCAAAGAGCUCCACCAUGGUGUUUUGCUAGGCAUGUCCGAUCGGGGAGAGCCCACAAAUGCCGACCUGGUCCUUCUGUGGGACGACGGUCACAAAUCCUAUUUUGGGGAUGCUUGGAGUGAUAAUGAAGGCAGAGUGAUGCUGGACGCUCAGCAGGACUAUGAGCUGCUGGAGACUCAUCAGUCCACUGAAGGCUUCUUCCUGCUCUUCAAAAGACCAUUCAGCACCUGCGACCCACACGACUACAUCAUAGAGGAAGGUACUGUCCACAUCAUCUACGCCAUGCUGGAGCGUCCCAUCCUAUCUUUACAUGAGCUCAACAUUUCUCAUCUCCAGCCUGGCAUCCAGCGAGUGCUGCUCCUGCGUCCAGACGCUCCGUCCCCUGCUCUCCCGAGAGAUGUCCGCACUCUGGAGGUCCUGGCCCCUGAUGUUAUCAUUCCCACACAGGAAACCACUUACUGGUGCCACAUCUAUCAGCUCCCGCCUAAUAUGCCCAAGAACCACAUUGUCAUGUACGAGUCUGUGAUCACUCCUGGUAAUGAAGCCAUUGUUCAUCACAUCGAAGUGUUCGAAUGCUCUCCUCAGAUGGACACCGUGCCUCAAUACAGCGGCUCUUGUGAUUCAAAGAUGAAGCCCCGCAAACUCAAUUACUGCCGACACGUUCUGGCUGCCUGGGCCUUGGGAGCGGAGCCAUUCUACUACCCUGCUGAUGCUGGUUUGCCUCUGGGAGGAGAAGGUUCUUCUAGGUUCCUUCGGCUUGAAGUUCAUUACCACAACCCUCUCCUUAUAUCAGGACGGAGGGACUCCUCAGGCAUUCGUUUGUGGUACACUCCAUCACUGAGGAGGUUUGACGCAGGCAUCAUGGAGCUGGGGCUAGUCUACACGCCUGUCAUGGCCAUUCCUCCCCGCCAGCGCUCUUUCCAGCUGACUGGCUACUGCACCGCCAAAUGCACACAGACGGCUCUUCCUGUAGGUGGUGUACACAUCUUUGCGUCCCAGCUGCACACUCAUCUGGCUGGACUCGGGGUGAGGACCGUCCUGGUACGAGGAGGCAGAGAGGUGGACGUGGUACAGGAGGACAAACAUUUCAGCACUCACUACCAGAUUAUCCGUGUUUUAAAGAAGAUGGUGACUGUUUUGCCAGGCGACGCUCUCGUCACAAAGUGCACGUAUAACACUGAAGACAGGAACAAAGCUACCGUGGGUGGUUUUGGGAUCAUGGAAGAGAUGUGUGUCAAUUACGUGCAUUAUUACCCCCGUACACAGCUGGAGCUGUGCAAGAGCCACGUGGACAUAGAUUACCUGCAGAAAUACUUCAGUCUCAUCAACAGGUUUCAAGGACGUGAGAGUUGCAGUUGUCCCGGGACGACGGUGGAAGAGCAGUUCUCCUUGCUAUCCUGGGACGGCUUCAGCGGGGAGGUGCUGAACUCCCUCUACCUCACCUCCCCAAUCUCAAUGCACUGCAACCAAUCCACAGCUGAGCUCUUUCCUGGUGAAUGGGAGAAGCAGGAGAUACCGGUGGUGACGGCGGAGCUCCAGAGAGCCCUGUACCCGUGUGAAUUAAGCGGCCGAGCGUCCUCUCAGAAUGACAGCCCUACAGAGGUCAGGUCCAAUGGCAGCGUCUGAUGCCCACACAUGCAUCUGACUCCUGCUGAGCUCAGCCUUUACUGUUCAACAACACAUCCAUGCAGCAGCCUGGAGCAUGUGUGCUUCAAAGUUAUCAAAUAAAUUACCCAAGUACUG